AGGGGAUAUAACAGCCAAGAUCGCCCGGCAAAUACUUCAACGUUACGGUACUGUUUGGGGAGCAUUCGCAGAGAGAGAGAAAGUGGAAGACCCUCUCUUUACCAUUAAUUCUUGUUUUUAAACGCCCCAAUUUCCAUAUAUUCGCUCGUUCGCAGUUGCUUGUAGAUGUGUGGAUUAAGGAUUCACCAUAUCGAUUGAGGUCACUAGAAUUCACUGGUUGAUGAUUUCAGUGUAAUCAGCUGUGAUUAUAGGAGGUUUUAUCCUUGGAAUCACUAGAAUCUGCCUGUAUUAUCUGUUUAUAGUGAUUGGAGAUGGGGUUUGGGAGAUCAGUAGUUGUGGUGUUUCUAGGGUUUUUGCUGCUGAAUCUGAGCGGAGAGGUAAUAGGUCGGUUUGUGGUGGAGAAGAACAGCUUGACGGUGACUUCGCCGGAUAAUAUCCUCGGAACUCACGACAGUGCCAUUGGCAACUUCGGGAUUCCUAAGUACGGGGGGACGAUGGCAGGGACGGUGGUGCACCCCAAGGAGAACCGGAAAGGUUGCCGCAGUUUCGACGAAUUUGGGGUUUCGUUCAAGCCAAAGUCCGGUGCUAUGCCCAAUUUCGUUUUACUCGAUCGUGGAGAUUGCUUUUUUGCUUUGAAGGUAUGGAAUGCCCAAAAUGCUGGUGCCUCUGCAGUUCUUGUAGCGGAUGACGUUGAGGAAGCAUUGAUAACAAUGGACACACCUGAAGAGGAUAUUUCAUCUGCAAAAUAUAUUGAAAACAUCACCAUACCUUCUGCAUUGAUUGAAAAAAGUUUUGGUGAAAAGUUAAAGAAGGCAAUCAGUGAAGGGGAAAUGGUUAAUGUGAAUCUUGAUUGGAGAGAAGCGGUUCCACACCCAGAUGAUCGUGUUGAGUAUGAGUUAUGGACCAACAGCAAUGAUGAGUGUGGUUUUAAAUGUGAUAUGCUGAUGGAUUUUGUGAAAAGUUUUAAGGGUGCCGCUCAGAUUCUUGAGAAAGGUGGCUAUACACAAUUCACUCCCCAUUACAUAACUUGGUAUUGUCCCCAUGCAUUCACGAUAAGCAAACAGUGCAAGUCCCAAUGUAUAAACCAUGGAAGAUACUGUGCUCCUGAUCCAGAACAGGAUUUUAGCAGAGGUUAUGAAGGGAAAGAUGUAGUUCUUGAAAACUUAAGACAGCUUUGUGUAUUCAGAGUGGCCAACGAGACCAAUAAGCCGUGGAUCUGGUGGGAUUAUGUGACUGAUUUUCAAAUUAGGUGUCCCAUGAAAGAGAAAAAAUACAACAAGGAAUGUGCUGACAGUGUUAUCAGAUCUCUAGGACUUGACCUCAAAAAGGUUGAUAAGUGUAUGGGAGACUCAGAUGCGGAUGCUGAGAAUCCUGUUCUGAAAGAAGAGCAAGAUGCUCAGAUUGGGAAAGGAUCACGGGGAGAUGUAACAAUAUUGCCUACCCUUGUUGUUAAUAACCGGCAAUACCGAGGGAAGUUGGAGAAAGGUGCUGUCCUGAAGGCCAUCUGUGCAGGUUUUGAGGAAACUACCGAGCCAUCUGUUUGUUUGAGUGGUGACAUAGAGACAAAUGAAUGUUUGGAUUACAAUGGCGGUUGCUGGCAAGAUAAAGCAGCUAACAUUACUGCGUGCAGGGAUACUUUUCGUGGGAGGGUUUGUGAAUGCCCACUGGUUGAUGGUGUGCAGUACAAGGGAGAUGGUUACAACAAUUGUCAAGCAAGUGGACCUGGGCGUUGCAAGAUCAAUAAUGGAGGCUGUUGGCAUGACACUCGUGAUGGACGCACCUACUCUGCUUGCUUGGAUAAUGGGGACAUUAAAUGCAUGUGCCCUCCUGGGUUCAAAGGUGAUGGCGUUAAAAGUUGUGAAGAUAUCGACGAAUGCAAAGAGAGGAAAGUCUGCCAGUGUCCUGAAUGCAGCUGCAAGGACACCUGGGGUAGCUAUGAGUGCACUUGCAGUGGUGGCCUUCUGUAUAUGAGGGACCAUGAUACUUGCAUAAGUAAAACGGCAACUGAAGAGAGAUCUGCAUGGGCAGUUAUUUGGGUCAUUUUGAUAGGUUUGGCUGUGGCUGCUGGUGGAGCAUACAUGGUUUACAAAUAUAGAUUGAGGUCAUAUAUGGAUUCGGAGAUCAGAGCCAUAAUGGCGCAGUACAUGCCUUUGGACAGCCAAGUGGAGGUUCCAAAUCACGUCAGCGACAGUCGGGCAUAGGAGAUGGUGGCAUCGUAAUUUUUUCCAAAAGGGCACAAGCGAUACCAGAAGUCCUACACACACAUCAACACUUAGCCAUGGUUUUGAGGGUUGACCUAAGAUGUCUUUGUAACCUAUGCUGUACAAUAAGAAACCGCAAAGAAAGCCAAAAACAUCUCCUUGUGUUUAUUUGGAAUGUGGCAUACAUGAUGAGUUGAAGUAGGUUUGGUUUUGGAGGAGAUCCAGAUUAAUUGUUUCAGAUGAUCUUUGUUUGCUUCUAGUGGUGGAAAAUCUUCCUCCAUUGUAAGUUGAAACUGAAGUCAGGUCUUGAUGUUAGGAGAAUAUACAUUAUAUAUUUGCACAUUGAGCUAAGCUUGCAUCACAAUUGCAGAUUUUAUUAA